GUAGAAAUUGCGAAUCUGCGAUACCUUUUUGUGUUCUAUAUCUAGGAUUCUCAUAUCAAUCUAUAAGUACUUCAAAAGAAUCAAAACUUGUACUUCCAUCGAGUAUCUUCUAUUUAUUUAACGUGAAUUACAAUCUUUGUUCGUUCUUCGAAGAAAUUAGGGCUCGUAUUUCGAAUCUUCGAUCCUUACACAGGUGAGUCUCUUUUUCUGCAUUAGCUGUUAUUUUUAUUUUUAUUUUUUUCUUCAGGUAAUUAAGUGAAGGGUUUCUGUGUUUUCUUCUUUACUUUAAUUAUAAUUAGAUUUAGAGUUAUCAGAGUUAUCAUAAGCUUCUUCCUUAAUCUGUAAUUGUUUUUUUUGGUAGUCUAUGCAGAGCUUAUUUAGGCUAUAAAUUUGAGUAACAGAAGGGCAAAAACAACUAUGACACAAUGAGGAAAAGGAUGAUGAGGCCCAUCUCUAAAUGCACAAAAAAACUCAAGAGUAAUAACAAGAAGGAUUGGAUCAGUGGGCUGCCUGAUGAAAUUAUUGUUUCUAUUGUGUCUCUUCUGGGAAUUAGGGAAGCGGCACGCACUUGUGUACUCUCCAAAAGAUGGGAAAAUGUAUGGUUGUUCUCAUAUAAUAUGGUUCUAAACUUUGACGCUUUAGAAACAAUUUUUGAUCUUGAAUCGAGACGAAAGGUAAUGGAAGUAGAAAGAUGUAGGUACAUAAGUUGGGUGAACAAAGUCUUGGAUUUGCAUCGUGGUUCAACCAUGGAUGAGUUUAGAGUUUCUUUUUGUUUGAAUGUCUCUUCUAGCUGUGUCAUUGAUAGAUGGAUUGAAUUUGCAAUAGCAAAGAGAUUUCAAAGGCUUGAGGUGGAUUUGGAACCAUGUUACUAUAUGGAAAAGACCGAAGCAUAUACUUUUCCAAACCAGAAUUUUAUUCACAUCAAAAGUCCUGCCGGUUUAUCCGGCAUUAGGUCCCUAAGAUCCCUCUGUUUUAAGCGUGUGAACAUAAGUGGAGAAAUUCUUAAAUACUUCCUUUCCAAUUGUCCUCUUCUCGAAUCUCUACAAGUAGAACUCUUGGAAAAUUUAGUGAAUUUAAAAGUUUUUGGUUCCUCACUUCGGCUGAAGGUUUUGGAGAUAUCCAAAUAACGCCAUUUGAAGGAUCUUGAGGUUUGUGCUACGAAUCUUGUGUCAUUUAAAUAUUUUGGACCGGGCCAAAAUAUAAAUAUGCAAAUUAAGGAUGCAUUCCAGCUUGCUGAGGUGUCUAGUACAGAUUUCUAUGAGCCAAUAGACCGUGGUUUUUUCCGGUUUUCAAGGUACUUUUCGUAGCUCGAGACUCUCUCAUAG